AUGAUACGCCGCAAGCUAAAGUCCCGCCCAUUUAAUGACUACGUGUUUUCAACGCUGGCUGCCUCUUUUUACCUGUGUGAUUUAUUUCUGUGAUGCACAGUAGGAAGUUUCAUUAUCAUUUUAUGUAUUAAAAUGCAAACUAUGGGGGUAAAAUAAUACUGUUAUCACAGUCGAGUCUGAGUGACUCAGUCGGACCGAGCUGGGAUUAUGUUGCCUGGCGUGUUUUAUGCCUUAAUCGCGGGGUUUCUGGCAGCUUUAGCAUCAUCUUCGGCUAAGUUGUCCCUGGGUGCUGUUUAUCUGAAAGAUGUGUGUGAAACAGGGCUGAAGAUCUGGACAGAUGGACAGGAGAACACUGAUGGAGUUGAUAGCACAGCUUGUGACUGGUUACAUAUCCCCCUUCGGCUGCUUUGUGGUGGUCUUCUGUUCACCUGCAAUGCUGUGAUGUGGACCUUCUUCGCCAAAGCACUCAGACACUCGUCUUCCUCUGCUCGGGCCACUGUGACCACCACUGCCUCAAAUUUUAUCUCCUCUGCUUUUCUUGGACAUGUGAUCUUUGGUGAAACUCAUGCCACGCUGUGGUGGGUUGGUAUCAUUUUGACCCUGACAGGGCUUUACGUCUUGCAUGGAUCAACUCCUCAGGCUCCACAGGAAAAUGUGGAUAAGAAAUAUGAUUGACAGAAGAAUACAGGGAGCAACAAUUCCUUAUCCAAUGCUUGAAGUGAAAUCAGUCAAGUGAAAGGCUGUAAGAAAACCACUAAGAGCUAAUAAGAAUUAUGCACAGUUGUAUGAAAGAAUUAUCUAUGCUAAAUUUCUAUAUUUUUUUCUGUCGUAGGAUUGCUUUUGUAGUUAAUUUAUUUUGAUGCAUCAGUGAAAAUAAUGUGGAAAAAUUGCACCAUGCAAAGCCUUGAAAUGUGUAUGACUUUGAGCCUAUAGUCAUGCAGUGGACUUGCUCUAUAUCUUGCCUCAAUCAUGUAUGGUAACUUACAAGUUUAUAAUAAAUCAGUUUAUACUCUUGUUUAUCACUAUGACCUGAAAUAUGUUUAUGACGUAUACUUUGCUGGAUAUUUGACCAAAUGCAGCUGUGGAUCUCAAAUGAAAUUUUGUUUCACCUCUCAACUUUCUCUGAAACAUUAUUUUUAAAUUCCAAGUCUUCCAAAGUAAAACUUGAUCAAUCACUCCAGUCAGAAUAAUGUAGUCAAAGGGGUGCACACACUGAUAUGUGUUUAAAUGUUUUCGGUUAUUAAAUGACUAUUGUGUGUCAAACCACUGACCUGGACUCUAUUUUAAAGGGAAACUCAACCACAAAAGCAGCAUCUAUUGAGCACAGCAGGAUAUUAUCAUGUAUUCUACUCAGAAAUCACAUGUGAAAGUUGACCUGGCACUACGUGGGGGUAUAAUAGCCCACCUGCAACCAUACAUUUCUGUUCAAACAACAAUGGACUUGUAAAAACUGCACAUUUUAUUCAAAUUUAUUUGAAGAAGCUUAAAUCGAAAGUGUGCAGCCAUGGGAAACAUCAGGUAAUGGAAAAAAUACAGAACGUAACAAAAAAACAAUAAUGUAGCCAGUAAUGGGAAAAUGCACAGGUAUAGAAUUUUUUUUUUAUAUAUAUAUAUAUAUAUAUAUAUAUAUAUAUAUAUAUAUAUAUAUAUAUACAGUAUAUAUAUAUAUAUA